AUGCGACUCACCCAAGCAUCAUCACCACAAAUCCUCUCACUUCUCCUCACCCUCUCACAAUCCUCCCCGGUAUCCGCCGGUCCAUUCCCCAAAGAUGAUAUUCACGAUGUAGGAUUUUCCUACCUCAUGGAUCGCUCCUGCGUAUCCUACUGCGGCGCCGACAACCAAUACUGUUGUACCAGCGGACAAGCCUGCUACACCUCCGCUGGAAACGUCGCCUACUGCUCUGCCUCUACCGCCGGUAGCGGCUCAGGAGGAUACGCCGUAUUCACCACCACGUACACGGAAACCGAUCUGAUCGUCGGAACCAGCACAUAUAGUUCGUACUACGCGACCACGACCUCCUCGGGCAGCGCCGCCAUCUGCGAUACUACGACGGGGGAAACUUCUUGCGGUACUAUUUGUUGCGCCGGUGAUCAGAUGUGUGAGUAUAGCGGCCAAUGCACGGCGAGAACAUCCGCUUGGACCUAUACUGCUACAUCGGGCGCGUAUUCGGCGCCCGUGCGUCCUACGAGUGGAGGGUCCACUUCUACGUCUACCGUGUCGGCCACGACGACGGUACCGUUUAUUGCUCCUGCGACGGCGAGUGGAAGUACAUUGCCCAUUACGAGCAACAGCUCGAAUAAUUUGAGCGGGGGCGCCAUUGCGGGGAUUGUUAUUGGCACUAUUGUGGGUGUGAUGUUAUUACUACUUUUAUGUUUCUGCUGUGUGGUGAAGGGACUUUGGGACACGAUCCUCGCGCUGUUCGUGGGUAAAUCGCGGAGAAAGGAAGGAGGGACGAGGACCGAGCGGAUCGAGACUGUAGAGCGCUAUUCGCGUCAUGGAUCUACGGUUGGGGCUGGAGCGGGAGCAGCGGGUGCGCGGAGAGAAAAUACAAGGUGGUUUGGGGGAGCGCGUAAUGAUAGGCCGGCGAGAGUGGUGGAGGAGAGGAAGAAGAAGAGUAGUGGGUUGGGGGGUUUGGGAGCCGUAGGUGCGGGAUUGGCGGGGUUGGCGGUGGUGUUGGGGUUGAAGAGGAAGGAGGAGGAGAGGAAGGAGGAGAGGAGGGAGGAAAAGAGGAGGCCUGGGGCUGGGGCGACGGCGACAGUUACGGAUUUGAGUAGCUCUUAUUAUACGGAUAGUUAUACGGGGACUAGUGCUAGCUCAGCAAGUUCGGAUCGGAGAACGAGGGAUGCGAGAGAUGCGAGAGAUGCGAGGGAACCACCGAGGAGAGAUAGGAGUGUGAGGAGAUAA